GCAACGCGUCAAUUGGACGUUUCUUUCUGUCUCCCUCUCACUCUUUCUUUUUUCAAGAAAGUUGGCUGCCAAUUUUAUGUUUACUUUUCUUGCCGAACCUUCUAUAACGUGGAAAAUUAAUUAAUGUAGGAGGAUGACAUUAAUAUUUAGAUACCUAUAUAUAAAAUCAAAACGUAACUAGAUCAUUAUAUUUGCGUAACUAUUUUAAUUAUAGCUGCUAAUCUUCCUCCCUAUCACUUCAUACCAAUAAAUUACCUAUAGCUGUUCAUCUUCCUCCUUAUCAUUCUUCAUACAAAUAAUAUCAAUUCGAUUUAAAAUGGGUAGAAGUGUGAUCUUAUUGAGCAUUUUAGCCCUCGUUUUCUUCUCCAACAUCGUCUUCGCCUAUGAUCCAAGCCCUUUGCAAGAUUUCUGCGUCGCUGAUCUCACAAACACAGUUAGGCUGAAUGGGCUUCCAUGCAAGGAUCCUGCAAAGGUAGAAGCUGAGGACUUCUUUUUCAGCGGGCUGCAUGUGGGCGGGAACACAUCGAACCCCAUGGGGUCCGCCUUCUCGGCCGUUACCGUGAACCAAAUGCCAGGGCUCAACACUCUCGGCGUGGUGAUCGCCCGCCUUGAUUUCGAGCCGAAUGGGUUCCUCCCGCCGCACUUUCACGCCAGGGCCACCGAGAUCCUUACGGUUCUAGAAGGUUCCAUGGAAGUUGGAUUCGUGACAUCCAGUCCUAGUUUCAGACAUUAUAAGAAAGUUCUGGAGAAAGGAGAUGUGUUCGUAGUGCCCGUGGGUCUGAUUCAUUAUCAGCGCAAUGUCGGCGCCGGAAGCAUUGUCGCCAUUGCAGCACUCAACAGCCAGAAUCCGGGGAUCACGGCGCUCCCAAACGCCGUUUUCGGUGCCAAUCCCGACAUCGACAGCGGUUAUCUUGCCAGGGCGUUCGAUUUGGAUAAGAAAACUGUGGAAGAGCUUCAACAGAAGUUCUAGAAAUCUUUAUAAAUACUUCCACUUACAUUUUUUAAGUUGAUUAGAAUAUCAUGACUGUAAAAAUAAAGGAUGUAUAUGCAUGGUUGAUUUAAUUAUGGUCGAAUAAUUAUAUGUUGGGUUUGCCUUAA